AAAAAAAAAAAUAAAAAAUUUUGAAAAGUUCAAUAAUAUUUUGUAAUUUUUUUUAAAUUUCUUAUAUUUUUGUCUUCUAUUACUAAAAAUCAAUAAAACAAUAAUAUUAAGAUUUAUUUGCCAAUUUUAUGCAUUUAAAAUAAAAUUCCAGAAAUUUUUGGUAAUUUAUUAAAAAAAGGAGGAAAAGUGUAAAAUAAAAAAUUGUACCUAUGAUAAAUUUUAUGAUGAAGUCAUUUUAUGUACCAUUAGAAAAGUGUUUAGUUGAAUGUCGUUGUUAUUAUUCUCAUAAUAAUAAUUGUUGUUGGUAGUGCCUUAAGUUUUCUAAAAUUUCUGGCUAUGAAAUUUUCGGAGAAAUUUAUUGAAAUCGAUUCAUAUUUAAUCAAUAAUAAAAUAUUAAAAAAUAGUAAAUAAUAUAAAAAUAAUAAAAGGAAAAUUUUAUUAAGGAAUUAUUGUAUACAAUAACAAUAAAGAUGUCUUCGUUGAAGGUUGCCGUAAGAGUUCGUCCAUUCAAUCAAAGGGAAAUCGAUAUGGAAGCGAUGGAAAUUGUUGAAAUGGACAAUAAAAAAACUCGUUUAUAUAAACCAAAAUUACAAUCAAUACGUGAUUCAGGUCGUGAAAAUUUUCAUGAUUUCACAUUUGAUUAUUCAUAUUGGUCAUUUAAUGAGAAGGAUAGUCAUUUUACACCACAGGAACAAGUAUAUAAGGACCUUGGAACAGAUGUUGUUGAUUGUGCAUUUCAAGGUUAUAACGCUUGUGUUUUUGCUUAUGGACAAACAGGAAGUGGUAAAACAUUCACUAUGAUGGGCACCGAAAAUAAUCCUGGCCUUAUACCACGUAUAUGUCAAGAAUUAUUUGCAAGAAUGCGAAUUGGUCAAGAAUCUGGUACUGGUUACAAAACGCAUGCAAGCUAUUUAGAAAUAUAUAAUGAACGUGUUAAGGAUCUUUUGGGACCAGCCACUACUGGACACGGUUUACGUGUUCGAGAACAUCGUGAUCUAGGCCCCUAUGUCGAAAAUUUAUCACAACAUAUUGUAUCUGAUUUUGAAGAAAUACAAGGUUGUUUAACACGUGGAAAUUAUCAAAGAACGACAGCCAGCACAAAUAUGAAUGAUACAAGUAGUCGUAGUCAUGCAAUAUUUACUAUUACAUUUGUUCAAGCAGUUUUUAUGAAUGACAUGCCUAGUGAAACCGUUUCAAAAAUACAUUUAGUUGAUUUAGCUGGCAGUGAACGUGCAAAUGCAACUGGUGCAACUGGACAACGUUUAAAAGAAGGCGCUCACAUUAAUAAAUCUUUAGUAACCUUAGGUAGUGUUAUAUCAGCUUUAGCUGAGCAGACAAAUCGUGCAGAACAAAAUAAACGAGUUUUGUACAUACCCUAUAGAGAUUCUGUAUUAACUUGGUUACUCAAAGAUAGUUUAGGUGGCAACAGUAAAACCAUAAUGAUAGCAGCUAUUUCUCCUGCUGAUUGUAAUUAUAGUGAAACUUUAAGUACCUUAAGAUAUGCUAAUAGAGCUAAAAAUAUAAUUAAUAAACCAACAAUUAAUGAAGAUGCUAACGUCAAAUUAAUUCGUGAAUUACGCGAAGAAAUAAAUAAAUUGAAAUUAAUAUUAUCAAAUGGAAUGCUAUCCAAAGAGCCUGGUUCUAAGAUGCUUGAAGAUUUACUGAAGAAAGAAGCUCAAGAAAAAGUUUUAACAGAAGAAUGGACUGAAAAAUGGAAAGAAGCACAAUUAAUUUUGCAGGAACAGAAAUCUUUAGGACUUAGAAAAGCUGGUGUUGGAGUUAUAUUAGACUCUGAGAUGCCGCAUUUAAUCGGAAUACAUAAUGAUAUGACAACUGGUGUAACGUUAUAUAGUUUGAAGGAAGGAGAGACUUUAAUUGGAACAGAAGAGUCUGAAGAACCACAAGAUAUUUGUUUAACUGGUAUUGAUAUUAGACCUCAACAUUGUAGUAUUGUGUUAAAAGAAGGUCAGGCAAUACUUAAUCCCCGUCCACUGGCCCAAUGUUGGCUUAAUGCAAACAUUAUUGAUGAGCCAACAUCUAUAAGCCAAGGUGAUAUUAUAUUAUUAGGCAGAACAAAUAUAUUUCGUUUUAAUAAUCCUGCUGAGGCGGCAAAAUUACGAAAAGACUUAAAUCGAUCUCAAAUGGAAAUAUCACGUCUUUCAUUAAUCACUGCAUCACGUGAAAAUUUAUUAUCAAACAGUGUUUAUGGUGAAGAUGAUCUAUUACUCAGUGGAAGUACAACAUCGCCUUUCAAAAGAGAUAAGCAAUACUAUCCGUCACCAUUGACUUCCCAUGACGACCCUGAAUUGCAAGAUGAAAAUAGGAAAAUUUUAGAGACUAUUGAAAAUGCUUUAAAACAAUUAAACAUUGAACGUGUGCAAAUGCAUGAACAAUACAAAUCUAAAGUAAGGAAAUUGACAAAUGAAUUGGAUCGUUUGAAAAAAGAAGAAAACGAUAUCAUGAAAAUUUAUAAUUGUCAUGAACAAGAACUAUUGGCGCGCAAAGAUAUGCUUUUAUGGGAGAAAAAUAAUGAAAAAACACAAAUUGAUAUUGUAUGUAGACAAAUUUCAGCAUUGCAAACUCAGCUCGACUCAAAGAAACGUGAUUUCUCUGAGUAUGUAGCUAAAGAAUUACAAGAAUUGCAAGAUUGUGGAAAAUUGGAUGAGAUUGGUAUAAAAAUAACUGAUAACACACCACUUUCUGACGAUCUUUUAACCCAAGCUUCGGAAUCAUUAUAUCCGUCAGCUGCGCAAUUUAUUAGAGACACUAUCAAGAGGAAUAAUGAAGAAAUAAAAAAAUUAGAUGAGCAGAUAAAAGAAAAGGAGCAAAUUUUAAACGUUAGUACAGAAAGAAUUGCUAAACUUGACGAAGAUAUUUUGAAAUUGGAAGAACAAUUACGUGAGUUAAAAGAAAAUGUUCCUGAAAAGAAUAAUGUCGACCAUGUUAAAUUGAAAAAGCAAUCUAUGAAGUUAAAUUUACAAUCAAGUUUAGACAGUCCAACGCUACAAGGUUGUGCAGGUGAACCUGGAACUAUUACACAAACUUUAGAUACCUCCGAAACAUAUCAUACAGCAACAUCAAAUUGUUCGCAAAUAUCAUCUGAACCACCAACAACAACAGCUACCUGUUCACCUAGCACUGAUAAUACUUUUAGCAACGAUACUAAUGCAAUACAUACAACAACCACAAUAAGUACAAACGGAUCCCCGCCUAUGAUAACAAAUCCAUUAAUGAGUGAUAGUGGAGUAUGUUUAGAAUCUUUAAGACCUAACGGACCUAACAUGUUGAACAUGUCAAAUGGGGGAGGUCCAAGUGGCUGCAGUAACGGGUUAACUCUUGAUAGUAGUGGAGUCAACAUUAAAACUUCAACACCAAAUGGUAGCUGUAAUAAUGUUAUUGUAAGAAAUAGUGAUGAAGACACGACAUCAUGCUCAUCAUGCGAACAUGCUCGACAAAAUGAUAUGUCAAGACCAUAUUGCAUAAUGCAUCGCUUAAGACGAAAAAUUGCUAUGCAAAAAGCGUUAAUAAUGAAAAAUUUAGAAAUGGAAGUUAAUAAAUGUGAAUUGGAUGACCAAAUUGCUCAAUUACAGGAACUACAAAGACGUUAUUUUACGAUGGAGAAAGAACUGCAGUUGAGUGGUGAACACUCAGAAUGUUGUUCUCCAGAUAGCGAAUCGGAAUUCAAUGCAGACAACACCGAAUGUAGUUCAUCUAUAAUGAUGUCGUCAAAUGUAUUAACACCAUAUGGUCAAAAUACAUUUUUAACAACGUCAACAACAAGAUCUUGCCCAUCUAUAGAUGGAGGUGAUCCAGAUCAUUUUAUUAGUAUACCCAGUUUUGUGAUAAGAGGUGCAGGAAAACAAACGCACUAUGAAUAUGAAGUUCGAAUUAUUUUACCUGACGGAAAGUUAAAUAUAUUACGACGUUUUAGUCGAUUUAGAGAAUUGCAUUUGGCGAUGAAAAAUACAUACGGGGCAAAGGUUAGUAUGUUAACAUUUCCACGUCGGGAACUUUUUUCCUCAAAUAGUGAGUCAGUAGCAAAACAACGUCGUCGUCAUUUAGAACUAUAUUUACGUCGUUUAAUAACUGUUUGCUCAAAAAUACCACAAUCUCCAAUAUAUGAAGGCGAAGGUGGACAUGGUGUUACAAAAGCAAGUCUUGCACUGUUUUCACCUUUUUUCAAAAAGGGCUUAUUUGAAAAUGGUAAACAUGGUACUGGAUAAUAGUUAAUAGUUAUAUUAUCUUGCAUUCUUGCCUAUUUGUUUUGUAUGUUGUUAAUAAAUUUAUUAGCUUUUAUAUAUAUUUUUACAGAUCUGACAAAAUUAUGAGAAGAAUUUUUUUAUUUUUUUAAUUAUAUAUUAUCUAAUAACUAUAUUUUUUUAUUGAACUUAUUAAACUAUAUUCACUUUUUAAAGAACCUUUUAAGUACUUUAAAAUUUUUAUGGUUUGCAAGAUAGAAAAAGUUGUGUAAUAUAUGUAAUAAUAAAAAAACAUAUUGUUUCUUAAUAAAAUUACCAGUAUCAAAUUUACAUUAAAAGUUAAAAAAUCUGAAUACGACUAUUUAAGUUUGUAUUUUUGUCGUUAAAAAAUCAAAACAAAAAAGAGUGUUAGAGUUAAUUGUAGAUUUAAUUUUUAAUUUUAAUUUAAUGACCAGUAAAAAAUCUGUGAUUUUAUAUAAAAAAAAGGAAAAAAUUUAACAAAAAAAGAAAAUGUUGACAAAAUAGAUUAGAAAUAAUUUUUGUGCAAUUAAUGACUUAAAUAAUUUUAAUAAUUACAUUUGAAUAUGGAAUUAAAGAAAUAAAUAUAAAUUUGAUUUUUUGAA